AACCUGCAAGUAAAGGAAAGCGACCGCCGACGACGGGGAGAGGGAGGAGGGGAGGGGACAGCCGACGGACAGGGGAGAGGGGGUGUCCACGCCGCUGCGCUGCGCCCCAAAUCCGAAUCCCCCAACCCCAAACCAAACCCCCAAUUCCUCAGGGAGGCGAAUUCGAGUGAGGUCAGAUCAGACCCCGCAGCCAUCAGGGGAUCCAAAUCCAAAUCUAUCUGAUCAGAUCUCUCCGACCCCCAUCCCCAUGGCGAUCGUGUACGCGCUGGUGGCGCGCGGCACCGUCGUGCUGGCCGAGUUCGCCGCCGUCUCGGGCAACGCCGGCGCCGUCGCCCGCCGCAUCCUCGAGAAGCUGCCGCCCGACGCCGACUCCCGCCUCUGCUUCGCGCAGGACCGCUACAUCUUCCACGUCCUCCGCGCCGACGCCGGCAUCACCUUCCUCUGCAUGGCCAACGACACCUUCGGAAGGAGGAUCCCCUUUCUCUACCUGGAGGAUAUCCAGAUGAGGUUCAUGAAGAACUACGGCAGAGUCGCGCACUCCGCGCUCGCCUAUGCCAUGAACGAUGAGUUCUCCAGGGUCCUCCACCACCAAAUGGAGUUCUUCUCCAGCAACCCCAGCGCCGACACGCUCAACCGUCUCCGUGGAGAAGUCAGCGAGAUACACACCGUUAUGGUCGACAACAUAGAGAAAAUUCUAGACAGAGGUGACCGCAUCUCACUCCUUGUCGACAAGACAUCCACCAUGCAAGACAGCGCUUUCCACUUCCGCAAGCAAUCCAAGAGGCUCCGCAGAGCGCUUUGGAUGAAGAAUGCCAAGCUUCUAGCUGUGUUGACGGUUGCCAUAGUAGUGCUACUCUACUUGCUCAUUUCUGCUUUCUGUGGAGGCCUUUCCCUACCAUCAUGCAGAUCAUGAAUAAUGGCUGUCCCUCGUUCGGAGCAUACACGGUUCCCCACCGUAUUGAGCGCCUGAGCUCGCAGAGCCAGAACGGAUGCUUUGAGAAGUAGGCUUGCAAUGUGGUUUCCAGUUAGAGGGAGUUUGUUUUUUGCCGGCAUGAGCUUUUCUGAAGUGAUUCCUGCAAAAACGGGUUCAGAAUGUACAGUAGUGAACAGUUGUUUCAAGGAGCGGAGUUGCCCUUUGCUGUACUUAUCUCUUUCCUGAUGUGGCCUUUCGUGGAUGAGUCUGAUGUCUUGGAUUGUGCUUGUGUGGAUGGGUUUGGGGUCUAGUGCUGCCUGCUAUCUAUAUAUAUUACAUGUGUACUCUGCAGUGAAUGUUAAUUGUAUACUUUUGUUAGCAGUCUAUCAGAAUUAAUACAUACUAUGAAUGAAUAUGGAUAGUACCUUGCUGUUAAA